UUGGUAGCCAGAGCGCAAAAGGAAAUAACCACAAACGAACGAUCAGUAGGUUUUGUGAGAGAAGGCACUAGGGCUACAAAAUCAAACGUCAAGCCUUAUUCCAUCCUUAAAGCGGCGUCUGAUUGGACUAUAAUGAUGGACACGUAUGAAAAACAAUAUAAAAUCCCCGAGGAUAUUUGUGCGUCGGCCUCCAGACCGGAUAUAUUUUUGUUUUCGCGAAUUUUAAAGCGCGUAGUGAUGAUAGAGCUUACGGUCCCUUGGGAAACCAACAUCCCCAAAGACCAUACCAUCAAGGUCAACAAAUAUUACGAGCUCACAAACGAACUUACUCGAAAUAGGUUCGUAGUAGAUUUGUACGCGGUAGAGGUGGGAGCGAGAGGUAUAACAGCAAAAUCUCUCUAUAACCUACUAAAGGACUUGGGAUUGUCCAGAACUCAUAUUAAUGCAUUCUUGGAUCGUACAUCGAAGGCAGCCCUAGUAGGUUCUUUUCAAAUUUGGUUAGGUAGGGAGAGGAGCUUGGACAGUGGAGGUGAGCGUAUAACGCGCGUUAGUUAA